GCAACGUUCCUAGGCGCCAUAUAAGAAAACAUAGGACACCUUUUUGGCCUCUGUGCCGCACUCAUUCGUCGUUGCAUUCAUUUGGAACAAAACCGCCAGGAAUGGUUCGUAGCACUUCCCAUUUCACGUUCUGGGCCGCCGGCAGUUAGUGCAACAUGGCCUCUAUCAACAAGAACCCGAGCCGGUUCGAGCUCACGGCCGUCUACCGUCAUCCAGAAGCCAAAGCCGACAUCGUACUCGUUCACGGCCUCAACGGAGCUCCAGAGAAGACAUGGACGGCCCCGAACGGGGUAUACUGGCCCGCCGACCUGCUACCGACGUCGUUGAAGGAUCAACAUGCCAACGUGCUGGUAUAUGGGUACAACGCCGAUGUAUACGGAGGAUUCUGGGAACGGCCUGCCAAAAGUCCGAGUGACAACUUCAUCCAUCAUCACGCGCAGACCCUCGUAACGACUCUCACCCACUACCGCAAGAGCGAAGGGACCGAACGGAACCCCAUCAUUUGGGUCGUCCACAGCCUCGGCGGCAUAGUCACCAAGCGAGCGCUCCUGUAUUCGAAUGAUCUGCGAGAUCCCAACCAAGAAGACCUUCGCUCGAUCUACGUCUCUACGUAUGGCAUCAUCUUCCUAGGCACGCCGCACAAUGGAUCGAACGCGGCCGCGUGGGGAGGGAUAAUACAAAGAAUGGCGGACGCUGUGGUUCCGAAGAAGAUCUUCGAAUCCGAAUCGGUGCUCCUCAAGUCGCUCAAGAAGGACAACGAGACGCUUCAGCAGAUAUCCAGUCAUUUCUUGGAUAUUUACCAAAAGUUCAAGAUCCAUAUGGCGCAUGAAAACCAAAAGACAGAUGUAAAGGGGUCGAAGAUUCUGGUCGUGGAUGCCUCGUCUGCGAGCCCACAGCUUGUCGGUGUCACGUACUACGGCAUCGAGGCCACACAUUCCCGCAUGUGCAAGUUCGAGAGCGAGAAUGCGCCCGGCUACCGGACAGUCUCCACGGCGAUUAGAGAGUGGAUUGCGGGCGCCCCCGAAGUGAUACCAAUCCGUUGGGAAGUGGAAGAGGACCAACGUCGGGUGAGAGCAAACCUAGAAUACUUCGAGCGUGUUCGGCAAUAUCAGGGUUCUACGUCUCUCCCUGCCGGGCAUCCGCAGCAAGCACUUGUCCAAAGCAGCAAUGGGAUUGCCUCAUCCCAAACCCAACCACCACCACCACCCCUAGAAGCCGGCCGGUCCAUCUCAGCACCCCUCCUAACCGACACGGCCCACCCGCCGACACCUUCCACCUACUCUCCCAAGCUCCUCCCCGCCCUCCCGGAGUCCCAACCGCUCCCGGAGCCCGACCACGAGCCGCUCUUCAUCCACCCGGAGACCUUCCGCCCCAAUUCCUACUUCAUCGGCCGCGAGGACGAGCUGCGCGGCCUGCACGAGAUGCUCAUGGACCGCAAGCGCCGCUCCGAGGGCACCUCGGCCGUGCUGGUCCAGUGCCUCCCCGGCGGCGGCAAGACCCACCUCGCCCGCCAGUACGUCUUCCAGCACCGCAACGACUACCCCGGCGGCGUCUACUGGGUGCGCGCCAAGUCCCGCCAGGAACUCGAGUACUGGUACUGGCGCAUUGCCAGGAAUGAGGCGCUGCGCGGGCUGGUUGAUCAGCGUGAUGUGGAUGAGCUGAGGAACCCGAGGCGGAUUGUGCAUAUCGUGCGGCGCUGGUUGAGCGCGCAGUCGGGCUGGCUGAUCGUCUUUGAUGGGGUUCAGUUUGAUACGCCCGGCUUGCAUGAGUUUAUUCCGGAUGCGAGGGACACGAGCCUGAUUUAUACGUCGACGGAGCGGGCCGUGACGGGGGAUCCGCGCUUUGAUAACCCGCAGGUUAUGGAGCUUGGGUUGAUGACCGCGCAGCAGGCACAGGAUUUAUUGUUGCUCGAGACGGAGAGACGAAGGCCAUGGAGUGCGGAAGACCAGGCCAUUGCGCUGGAGCUCGUGGGUUUGAUGGGCAGGCUACCGCUGAUGAUUCACGUUGCUGCACAGCAUCUGAAGGCGACGAGGGAGCCGUUGUCGAGAUAUCUCAGGUCGUAUCGGAAUCGGCCGAAGGCGGGAGAUUUGCCGGCAUACAAGGCUGUGCGAGAGCAGCUCGAGAACAGGGGCGAGAACGAGGCGUUGAACUUGAUGUCGCUGUUGGUCUUCUUUGACCAACACGUCCCGGUCGAAAUGCUCGCGCUCGGCAUCUCUGCCCUCGAUAAGGUUACCCCCGUCAAGAGCUGCGACGCUACACACAGGAAGGCGAGCCUCAACAAUACGCUCAAGGUUCUCAUCGCCUUCGCCCUGCUCGAACGAUCUGAAAGCGAUGACAUCUCGCCUAGUAGCUCCCGCAGCUCCAAGCGCAGCUUUGAUAGGCACGUCGACUAUCUGGACCUGCUCCGUAUCCAUAGCGUCGUCCAGGCCUUCUUCAUCGACUCGCUCCACGAACAACACCAAAUCCCAUUCUGGCUUGAGCGAGCGGUGGCUGUUUGGACUAAAUCCUACGAUGACGCGGAUAGACGGAUCCAGGAAGACCCGAGAAUCGGCCUGCCAGAUGACUACCGCCGCUUCUGCAUCCACGGCGAGAAGCUCCUGAAGAACCUGAAUCGAUUCGAGAAGCGGUAUCCGAAACUCGCCGUUGCCAAAUCGCACCUGGAGCAGCGGCUGGGCAGGAUCCAGGGGCAGAUCGACGACCUCUCGGAGACCAUCCAAAAGAAUAUUGUCGAUGGCUCUGUAGAGGAAUACCCAGCCUCGGUCUUUGACCGCAUUAGCACCUCCUCGCAGUCCGACGCGGCAACAAUGCAGUCUCACAGCAGCCAACUAAGCGGGAUGGGAUCGCUCGAUGGCGAGAUCGACCUAGUUCAGUCGCCGCUGACGGAGUUGUUGGAGCGGGAUGCGCAAAUGCUCAUGCCGUAUCCUACUACGCCUGUGAUGCCGGAGGCACCGGAGAUUACCGAAGACGACCAGGAGACCGUCGUUUUAUCUGUGGCUGGGACGCAGGUUCACGUGGGGGCAACGGACAUGGUCGACACCAGUUCGCUACCGCCAGAUCCAUACGACCGUCAACAAGACUCGGCGUUCUUCAAUGACUGGCAAGACGACAUUCCACAUCACAGGGUGCUCAAGAGACAAGAGACUCGGCGGUACCAUGAUCGUGGGGGUGCCUGGAGAGCGACGACCGUCAGUGAUCCGCGGGUCGGGCUCAGCUGGGAUGUUGCGCUCGGGUCCAUCCUGAGCAGAAGGGAUGCUUCACAAUCACCAUCGGGGGCUCACUUGACAGCUCAGAGCGAGGCGGAGAUGCAACUCAAUAAGAUCAAGAUGGCAGCGCCGCCGUCCCCCAGGCAGAGAGGAAGCUUCGGCUCCCAGUCCAUGGCUCGACCCAUGACCUUGGUGGGUAGAAACAGUUGGGCGGUCCCCAAGGCUCAGAAGACCUCCGACACCGAGGUGGCUGAAGUCCCACCCGAAGAAUUCUCAAGCGGGCUCACCCAGAUUCUGUCAUCUCCCAAGAGCUGGACAGAGGCAACAAUAAAGAUGCUGAAGAAGACGGUGAUGCCAUCGGACAAGCCCAAGUCACCACCCCAGCCUGAGCAACCCCAGACUCCGCCCGAAGAAGAGAUCGUCGUUUCUCCCUCGCCCAUCUUCCGCGGCAGCCGCUCCGCCAACUCGAGCCCAGCUAGUCACUCCUCGCCCUUCCCCCCGCCGUCCUUCUCCGGCAUUCCCUCGGAUGACCUGUUCUCUAAAGCGGGCGUCCCGCUCGUCGUCCGUCGCUGGGACACGGUCGUCUACCACCCCGACGGCACGCCGAUUAGUUCGUCCGGCAUCGAGUGGUCUAGCGCCUCCGAUCCCCUGUCGUCCUCCUACCCGACCCUGCCCUCAAACAGGCACCACCGCCCCAGCAACAUCAACACUGCCCAGCUUCUCCUCCAUGGCAGCAGCAACGGUGGCCCGCCGGCAGGAUACUCCUCCCAGCCCAUGUCGCGUGACGGCUCGCAUCAGUCAAACCCCAGCAUCAACAUCCACAGCCCCACCGCGGCAGCCCAGUCGGCUCGACGUUCACGCUCACCGUCCUCGUCACCUACUGGGACAGACCCAGCUCAACGACAGAGCCCGCCCGGCCCAGGAGCCAGCACAACGGGAGGCGGUCCAGCCGGCAGCCUGCCCAUCCCGACGCCCUCCUCCCGCCUCAACCCCUUCCCCUUCGCCCGCGGCCGCCCGCCCUCCUACACGGAAACAGAACCCUCGCCCAGGAUGGACACGCCCUUCUCCGACGUGCACACCUCCUACCAGCACUGGGAAGACCGACACAACCACAACAACCACCACCCCGACCACCGCAACCACCCCGACCACCGCAACCACCACAACCCCAUCUCACCGGGCACCUCCUUCCCCCCCGCCACCACCACUAACAACAGACCCCACGCCCGCCUCAACCCCUUCCGCUUGCGCCCCGGCCGCCGCGCAGCCCGCAUCCUCCCCACCCGCGGCGCCGCGGCCCGCCGUGCCCAACAGCACCGUGACAACAACAACAACAACGGCCGUGGCAGGCGCGCACACUCCCUCUCGCCAUCAGCCGGGUCGGGGUCGGGGUCGGGGUCGGGGUCGGGGUCGGGGUCGGUGUCACCCGUGCCCUGGCCGUCGUCGCCGCCAUCGCAUUCGCCACUAUCCUCGUCGCCGAGGGGAAGGGCGUUGGCGCAAGCGCAGGCUGUAGCCGGGACGGGGGGUGGCGUGGGCGUGGGCUUGGGGGUUGGGUUGGGGAGUGGGAGUGGGAGUGGGUAUAACUUCCCUUCACAACAACAGCAGCAGCAGCAGCAGCAGCAGCAUCUGAGUCCGUUGGCGGAGUGGGCCGUGCCCGCGCCUUCGGGGCCGGAGACGGGUGCGGUGAUUGGUGAGGUGGUGCAUGCGGGGAGCGCGCCGACGGGGGAGGCGGGUAAAGGCGGUGGUGGUGGUGUGGGGGUGGGAGGGGAGGACAUGGCGCGGUCUGCGUCGGCGGGGAGUGGGAGUGGGAGUGUGGCGGCGGCGGGGAUCCGGAUGGAGGAUGGGACGGUGGUGGAGUUUGGGUCGCCUGCUUUGGGUUCGGCGGGUGGUUCUAGUCCUGGUGUAGUGUCUCCUGGGUCUGGUGGGAAGAGGCCGAGGACGGGGAGUUUCCCUGGGAUGGGCACGAACGGGUUCGUGGUUUUUGAGUGAGUGCAUGGUGCAUUAGUGAAGGGGAAUGGUUUGUUUUGUGUGAUUUGGAGGAGUAAUGGUACACUUCAUAGCGAUUGGAUGGCUAGAAUGUUUUAAUAGAUGCGGAUGCAUGCAUUAGGAGCAGUUAUGUUACUUUGGUACUCCCUUCUACGCGACGGUAUUACGGUUUAACAGAAAGGAGGGCGUUAUACAAUGGCUGAGCUCGAGGACAAGUGAUGACACAGCUGGCUGCGAACACGUAAAUAAACAUCCUCGUAGUUAGAUAACAGAUUUCAUGCGCAUACCACUUCAAUCUUAUUUGACGC